AUACAAAUCUUAAAUAAUAAUAAUAAUAAAAUAAAAUAAAAAACAAAGCCGUGCGUAGUUCACACCUAGUAUUAAGUAUUUUGAACUCAACUAACUCACAUAAUUCCAUCAAUAAAACUUUAAAAAACCCAACGCGUCAGCGUCAUUUAAACACAAAUAUUAAGUUGUUGCAGUGCUUUGCUGGAAACGAUACAUUGUCUUCCCAAAAUAUCACAUACCUAUAUUUUAUUAAGUUGUUGCAGUGCUUUGCUUGGAAACGAUACAUUGUCUUCCCAAAAUAUCACAUACCUAUAUUUUAUUAAGAGUAGAGUAGUAAUCCGUAAUCCGUAAUAUAUAUACUUCGUAUAAUGCAGUUAACUAGUAAUUGAAUAACCCAAAUAAACAUCAAGAAAAUAAUAGAUAUGAUGAACAAUAAGCUGCAAUUGUUCAAUGUAUUCUUUCUCAUCGUGGCAACUAUUGUAGCAACAAAAUUAAUACUCAAAACUCUGUUAAUCAAGAGCAGCAAACGGCUACCACCAGUGGUGAAAGGGCGGAUUCCUUUGAUCGGGGGCGUGGCUCGCUUCGUAGCGAACCCUGUAGAGAUGCUCAAGGAGGAGUAUGAAAGCCUUGGAAGUGUAUUCACUAUAAAUGCAGUGUACAAGAAUAUAACGUUCCUGCUCGAACCCGAUGUAUCGGCUUAUUUCUUCAAGGCCGGCGAGAGUGAGCUCAGUCAGAAAGAAGUGUACGGGUUCACCGUGCCUAUCUUUGGACCUGGGAUCGUGUAUGACGCCGAGUAUUCAGUGCGUAAGGAGCAGUUUCACUUCUUCGAGGAGUCUUUUCGAAUUGAUAAACUCCGUGGCUUUGUUGAUUAUAUGAGCCAAGAAGUCCAGAUCUGUUUUUCCAAGUGGGGAGAUAGUGGAGAGGUAGAUUUAAAACAAGAAAUGGAGAAUCUCAUCAUCUUAAUAGCCAGUAGAUGUUUUCUUGGUCGAGAAGUACGCGAAAAUCUCUCAGAAGAUGUAACUGCCCUUAUCAAUGAAAUCAAUGUUGCAAUGGGUCCUCUGACAACAAUGUUCCCUCAUCUACCCAUACCACCUCAUCGGCGCCGCGACAAAGCACGUAAGAGACUUGAUGAUAUUUUCUCUAAAGUAAUAUUAUCUCGUAGAUCGUCUCCAAAAUCCGAGGAUGACAUGCUGCAGAGUCUUGUUAAUUCAAAGUACAAAGAUGGUCGUGCCACAACCGUUACAGAGGUCACAGGUAUGCUCAUUACUGCCCUCUAUGGCGGUCAGCGUUCGAGUUCUACUACGGCCACUUGGGUAGGUGCUAAUCUUUUUUAUCAUAAGAAAUUUUGGUUGCAUGCAAUGGAAGAGCAGAUUAGGUUGAUGAAGAAGUAUGGUGACGCGAUAACUUAUGAUGCACUAUCUGAAAUGCAUGUAUUGUAUCGUUGCAUCAAGGAAGCAUUGAGGCUACACCCACCAAUUCCGAUGCUAUUGCGUCAAUCUCAUAAAGAUUUCACUGUGACUAUUCGAAAGGGUGACAAGUACGACAUACCAAAAGGCCAUAUAAUCGCCGUCUCACCAAUUUUGUCUAAUCGUGUUCCACAUAUUUACAAAAAUCCUGAUAGUCACGAUCCUGAAAGGUUCUGCCCCGGAAGAGAGGAGGAUAAAUUAGCUGGCCCGUUCUCUUUCAUAUCUUUUGGAGGAGGAAAACAUAGCUGCCUCGGCGAGUCCUUCGCAUUCUUGGAGUUAAAGACUAUAUGGAGCUAUUUGAUUCGGAACUUUGAGCUCGAGUUGAUUUCUUCAUUCCCGGAGACCAAAUGCGAUGACAUAAUACAUAGUCCUAAAGGAAAGGUGAUGAUACGAUACAAGCGUAGGAAGCUUGUUAUUGAAUAAACGAACAUUGGGAUCAUGAUGUAACCAAAUACGAUGUUUAGUUGAUUUGACAUUAUUGCUUGUGAGAUUAUUCUUAAACUAUUGGUCUUUGUAAUAGUGCUAUGCGUGUGCAUGCAUGUAUGCAAAUCAUCUUUAUUAGCCCUAUGUCAUAUUUUUAAUAACAAUGUCGAACCUUACAUUAUUAGUGUGCUUUAUAUUUGUAUCUUGGUUGCAUGGCAGAAAUGUUGUAAAAUGAUGCAAAUCAAAGUUGUAAUAAAAAGUUGUAAAAUUCAUGUGUUUAAUUAUUUUCGUCAGUUUUCGUUGAUUUCCCCACUUUUUGUAUACAUAUCUUACUUAUUAAACCUCUUAUUUUAUAUUUUUGUUUUUUUUUUUUUUUGUUUUAUACUAAGCUUUUUGAUGACUCCACCUUGUUGUUUCGUUUAUUUUCUUACUUAGUCUUAUAUUGGAUGAUGGAAGUCAAAAUGAAUAGUCAAUGUUUAUUUAAUAUACUAAUAUGCUUAGUUUAUUUAUCUUAGUUUAUUUUAUGGUUCUGUCAAUUUAUAUUCGAAUAUAUCCUGCUAAGUAUGCUAACCUAUUCGUAUAUUCUGCUAAGCAUGUUUAUAUUUUAUUAUU